UUCAGCUUUUCGUCACCUUACUAGCGUGUCUUUGUUGUGUAGUUUCUGUCCGGUUUGUGUCUGUGUCGUGUUUUAAAUGUUGACGUACAGUCAGCACCAGACAGCUAGCAGAAGUUGGCUAACAACAUAAACGCUGUUGGUUCUCCUGGAAGCUUCACCUGGACUUCACCUCAAACAGACAGAAAGCAUCAAGUUAUCUUAGAGGAAGAGUCAUGGUGGUGAAGAAGAAAACAGCCAAAGUGGAGGCUGUGGUUCUGGAUGAGCAGAAACUACACCUGCUGAUAGCCUCUCUCUCUGUGGACGGAGGAGAAGAUGGAGUCCGGCAUGUUGCCCAGACCCUGCAGUCGUGUUUGGAGCUGACAGACCCCGUGCAGCAGAUCCAGCUCAUUAAGAAGGCAGGGUCCCAGCUGGAGGCUCUGAAUGAAGAGGAGCCUGAUGGUGCUCUACUGGAGGCCUGUCUGCACACCCUGUCGCUGGUGUACACCUCCCUGCAGUCCAAGAACCCCCUACGCCGGGCCAUAGCCAGUGCCUUGGGUUCAGUGCCAGCCUGGCUUCGAGAGCGCACUGUGAACAGUUUGUGCGUCUGCCUCUCUGACUGCUUGUCCACCUCGACGUCAGACCAGCAUCCUCACAUCGUGGACACCAUCACUGCCUGUCUGGACGGCUUCGUCAUUGGUGAGAGAUGCAUCAACAAACUGCUGCCUGAAGUGUUGCAGUUUCUUCACAAGGGAUUGAGUGAAUACCUUCAACAAAACAGUGGUCUAGCAGGACGUCACAUAGCCCAGGCUCAGCUCAUGCACUCCUGCCUGGCUGCAGUGAAGACCUCCAUGCUGGUGAUCCAGAGAUCCCAGGAGAGCAUCAGCGUCUCCCUGCAGGCUGAACAGAGUCCCCGCACGCUGGAGGACACACUGAGCAGCCUGCUGGGCUGCUACACACACAUCCUCACUAACGAGGAGUUCAUCCAAUCAGUUCAGAGUACAGCCGGCAUGGCUGUGGUUUUACUGAUCAGGUCUGUGAUGGGCUAUGGGGAUGAAGUCGCUUCUGUGGUUAACAGUCUGUUGUGCAGCUCAACUCAGGGUUUGGACUCGGCUCCUCAGUGGUUGAAGCUGAGGUGUGAGGGUCUGUGUUCACGUGGUCGUCCACCGGGUGUCUCUCUGUAUCUGUGUCAUGGAGCUCUGGCCAUGUUGAGCUGGAAGCGAUCUCUGCCGGGGCCACAGUGGGAACAGCUGCUGCUGCUGGUCCCUAACACACUGCUGGGUCUGGAUGUCAGUAUCAAGGAGUCCAGCACAGCCAUGGUGGUGGCUCGGGUUCUGACUCUAUGGAGCAGUGCUGCCCUGGACUGUUUUCAUGGGGAGCUGCAGCCCUGCCCUCCUCUCCUCCAGCAGUCCCUCAGAGGAGAAUCAGAGCUACAGCAACACCUGCUGGAGCACAUCUACUCCCACUGGGAGCACCCGCUGGACGGGGUCCGCCACCAAACCCGCACCCUGUUCCGUAACCUCCUUGUGCUCCACCAGCGCACUAACCGGCCCACGUCUGACCCCAGCAGGGACCCAUACAUCAUCGAGCUCACACACAGCCUGCUGGGACUGGAGUGGCACAUGAGGGGGAAGUACGGCUCGCUGGGCUGUCUGGUGGAGCUCUACGGGGCUAUGUACCUACUGGAGAUUCAGCCCCAGCUGCCUUCACGCCUGCUGGGCCUGAUGGGGGAUCAGAAUCUGGCUCCAUAUGCCAGCGACCUGCUGGAGCGGCUCUUUGUCAGCCACAAGACCGAGCUGACUGGUGAGACUGCUGCAGAGGAGGACUGGAUGGAGGGCUGGCACCAGACCUGGGUGACACCCCUGCUUCAGGUUCUGUGCCGGGCCAGACUGGAUCAGACCACAUACAUCCUGGACUACUUCCUGCCGAAGCUGCUCCGCUGCAGCCCCUCCAGUCUGGCUCACAUGGUGCAGGCCCUGCAGGACACACCGCCCUGCAGCACAGGUCCAUCAGGCAGCAGAGGAGCUCUAGGAGCUCUGAUGACGUGUUUGCGAGCAGCCAGAGCUCAGGGUGUUGUUCCUCCUACAGAAGAGGGUCUGUGGGGAGGUCUGGUGCCCCUUCCUCUGCUCCAACAAGCUCUCAUACACAAACAUGACCAAGUAAGGAUGGAUGCUCUGGGGUUAGUAUGUGAGAGCCACCGCAGCACGGAAGUCCUGACCUCACAGGAAAUGGACCUGAUUCGGCACUUCCUGCCGCCGAAUCUCAACAGUCAGUCUCCAGGCAUCAGGCAGCAGACAGUCAGCCUGCUGAAGAAGCUGCUGUGUCGAAUGAAGGACAGCACUGUGCUGCUGCAGAAGAGGCUGAUCCAAGAGAGAGACGAGGAGCAGAGACACAGAGACCAACACACACUUCACCUAUACAAGGAGUUCCUGUGCUGGCUGUGUGGGAGUCUGUUGAAGGUUUUGCUUCCUGGAGCGUCCUUCUCUAAAUGCCUGAUGUCUCUCCAUUUGCUGUGUCUGCUAGGACAGAUAUUUACCUUCUGCACAGGCCCUGAUGUGUUUGCCCUCGGGGAAGUGGUGACCUCUGCACAUGCUCAGAAUGUCCUCUACUGUGUCGCCAGCAACUUUCUGGAAGUCAAACAGCUGGCCUCAACAUUACUACGGGAACUUCCCCCAUCAGCUGUAGGACUUGAGGUGCCGGAGAGGAUGCGUUGUGUCCUUCAGGCUGCUCUGGACCUCAGUACCAGCACGAAGCCCUUCGACAGCGUCACAGCUGCUCACCUCCUCAACCUGCUGCUGCAGCAGCCGCACUUGUGCCAGGGUCUGCAACUCUGCGCCCAUGAGCAAGGCAUUGAUUCUUCCUUCCUGCCACCUCAGACUUAUGGGACAGACAUCAUGGAGCUCAACACGCUGGCUGUGAUUCAGUUCUUGUUGGACUGUCUGAAAUCAGAGGUGUCGAGGGCUGAGUCAUCACUUCUGCAGGCUGCUGCUUCCUUUCCCCUGUACGGCAGAGCGCACUGCAUCACUGCUGUCCUGCAGCAUCUCAACACUGUGGGUCUGAGGCACACUGAGCAGUGGAGAUGUAUGGUGUCAGAGCUGAUCGCCGUGUGCUACAGGAUGUCCGAUGUUGUUUCACCAGUAGUCCAGAGCUCCUCUCCAGAAGGACUCAUCCCCAUGGACACUGACUCAGAAACAUCUGCAGGUCUGCAGAGGAUCCUGCAGGAGAUUCAACCCAGAGACACCAAUGACUUCUUCACAAGUGCCAGGGAGCUUGACACACACCCCGAAGAUGGUCACACACCCACACCAACACACACACCCUCACUAAACACAGGUGGUGAGGGCUACAGGGUGACAGCUCAGAUGGUGCUGGUGUGUUGCUGGCGGAGCAUGAAGGAGGUGGCCAUGCUGCUGGGACAGCUGUGCCAGAGUCUGCCGCUGCACUACAACAAUAGAGAUGCUGACACACACACAGGACUCAUCACAGAGGAGCAGGUGGAGGGUGUCGGCCUGUACUUCCGUCAGCAGCUCCUGCAGUCCCGUCACCGUGGCGCCUUUGAACUGGCUUAUGUGGGCUUUGUGCGCCUCACCGACAUGCUGUGCAGGAGUAGGAGUCAGGCCCUGCAGCAGCUCCCAGCCCACUGGCUCUCUGAGGUUCUUGAGGAGGUCAAAUCCAGCGACCCGUCGUCCAAACUAUGCGCCACCAGACGCAGUGCUGGAAUACCGUUCUACAUCCAGGCUCUGCUCUCCUCUGAGCCCAAGUCGUCCAGCUGCAGUCUGUUGAAGAUGACCAUGAGGGAGCUGAUCGCACUCGCCAUGCCGUCUGAGGACCGGAACACUGACAGCUCCACCGUCCCUCAGGUCCACGCUCUGAACAUCCUGCGGGCUCUGUACAGAGACACUCGUCUGGGAGAAAACAUUAUCCCCUUUGUCUCCGAGGGUAUGCAGGCCGCCGUGCUGGGCUUCACCUCUCCUGUGUGGGCGGUGAGGAACUCGUCCACGCUGCUCUUCAGCACUCUCAUCACGAGGAUCUUUGGAGUGAAGAAGGGGAAGGACGAGCACUCCAAGAAGAACAGGAUGACGGGUCGGGAGUUUUUCACUCGUUUCCCAGCUCUCUAUCCGUUCCUGCUGAACCAGCUGGAGGAGGCUGCAGCCACUGUGGAAAGUGACAGCGGUCAGGUGAAGCUCCACCCCAGCCUUUUCCUGCUGCUGCUCGUGCUCAGUCGACUCUACCCGUCUCCCAUGGAUGGAUCGUCAUCACCCCUGGGACUCGCUCCGUUCAUGCCCUUCAUCAUCAGAUGUGGUCACUCUGCAGUGUAUCGGACCAGAGAGAUGUCUGCUCGGGCCCUCGUCCCCUUCGUCCUGCUCACUCAGGUCCCGUCCACUAUCCACACACUACUGCAGGAGCUUCCCCUGGAGCCUGGACCCCAGACCCAACAGAACCACAUCCACGGGACUCUGCUGCAGGUGCUGUUUCUGCUGCGCUCCUAUCAGACUGACUCUCACAGACCCCCACCUGCAGGAAACGGCAUCGCUGAAACCCUCUGCCAGCGCAUGUGGCUCGGCUCUCGACAGAACAGCUGCUUGGUGACCAGAGGAGCUUUUCUGGAUGUGUUGGUGUGUCUGUGCAGGCCCAGAGUCAGUCUCCUGGAAGACUCAGAGGCCACUGAUCUGCGUCGGGGAGCUCUGUCCAUCCUCAUGGCUUCAGAGCUUGUCACCUCUUCGCCUUCCUCCCCCCGGGGUCCAGGCAGCACCCAGUACCUGCUCAGUCUGGCCCAGCUAGUCCUCAGUGCCAGCCUAGAGACCCCUGACCUGUGGGGGGGUCCUCAGCCCUCAAGCCAGCUCCUACAAAGUCUGCUACUCUGCUCAGAGUAUGAGGUGAGGGAGGAGACCCUGCAGGAGGUCCUGAAGAGGCUGCAAGAGGAGGAGGAGGAGGAGAAGGAGAGGAAGAGGCCUCAGUGGCUGGACGAGACCACCCUGUCCAACCUGACCAGCCUGGCUCUGCAUGAGACACACCCCCAGUGUCUGGCCAAGGUCCUCGAUGUGCUAUCCGUGUUGAGCUCCAGUGGUGGACUUCAGUGGAGGGAUGGGGCUCGGGUUGUGUCUCAGGAGGAGGUGUUGGUGCACCUCCUCGCUCUGACACAGGGAUCUGCUCACAGUGUGGAGCUCCACUGUGCCGCUCUGACGCUGCUCUCUCAGCUGGUGGUUCAACUGGUGACGUCUAACCCCCAGGGUGCUAGUGCGGUGACUUGUUUGGCUCAGUGGGGAACGCUGGUGUGCUCAUGCUGCAGCGAGGAGCAGCCAGAGGAGGUGAAGCUGACAGCCGCAAAGGUUCUGGUCACCUGUACAUCAUCUGUACUGAGCAGCCCCCACCUGCCUCUGGGUCUGUCCUCCACUGUCUCCCUUUGGAUGAGUGUGUUUAUGCUGCUGCAGGAUGAAGAUCAAGAGGUCCGAGACUCAGCCUCCGACUUCAUCUGUAAUAUGCCAGCAGCUCUGUUUAAAACAGGUUUGCCAGGUGUGUCUGUAUGUCCUCCUGCAGCCCUGGACUCAGGCGUGGGUCUCCUCUGCCGGCUGUUUGAACUGUGGGGGCAGGUUCCAGCGGGGGUCCUGGCUCUGACAGAGUGGCUACUGGGAGAUGAAGAGGGCGGUGAAGCGGCGGAGGAAGCCUCCAGUCUGGAUGAGGAGGAGUUUCUGUUCGAGAAGGGGGAUCUGAACCUGUGGGCAGAGCCGGUCCAGUGGGUGAAGCUGCUCCACAGACACCUUGACUCCCUCAUCCUGGUUCUAAAGCAGGCCCAGGCCCCGAAUAUCACAGAUCCAGACCAGCUCUACCAAAUCCAAACACUAGCGACUCAGGCCAAAGUCCAGGCACUCAGCUCCAAACAGGCCCUGGACUCCCUCCCUGCUCUGCCUCAGUUCUCCUGCACCAUGGAGCAUGCCCGGGUGCUGCUGCAGCACCAGAGGGCCACCCUGGUUCUGGAUCUGCUCGAAAGGCUAAAGUAGCAAGCUAGCUUGUUUUUAACCUAGUGUAAAACCAUUUUUUGAAACUUGGGCCUUAAUCUUUAAGAAUUUGGCAACAUUUAUUUUACAGAAGGAAAGGACUAGUCCAAAGUAAGACUAGUGGAAAGAUUUCUAUAACGUGCAGCAGUGAAACAGGCCAUGAUGGCUGCAGUGUAAUCUCUUCUCUUCUACCUUGCAGUCCCCUAAACCUCAAACUGACUCUGAACUGAGUUAAACCAUGUGAUUUUGUGUCGUCAGUGUUUAAACACAAUAUGUUUGUCACACAAAAUGUCACAAACUAUAAUUAAGGCAGCUUUGUUUAUUCAGUGAGGUGAAAUUAAGUGUUUUUGUCAAUGGAGUCUGGUGGCUUUGAAAAGAAUCUGAGCUUUGGUGCAGAUUAAAAAAAAACUUUAAAUAUUGUACUUUCAUUGAUGAGGAUUACAUUGCAGCCAUUUAGCCUUUGCAGGGAUCAGGUUUAAAAUGUGCAGAAUUUGACUUAAAGUCUUAAUUUUUCAAUAAGUAAAAACUUAAAAAUAUUCAACUGAAUGACACAGGACCACAGACUGGCUUUGUGGUCGAGUCCUCUGAACAUCAUAUUAAGGGAAUGAAGAAACAUCAGGAAUUUUUUACUCUUGUUUGUCUCUCACUUUGUUUUACAAAUGUUCCUCAUUGAUUAUUAAAUGUGUUUUUAAUUAUGAUAA